AUGGGCAGUACCAAGCCAGUCCUCCUCAUCACACUCGCAGCACUACUGCUAAUCUCCCUCGUCCCAAUGUCCCAAUGCCGCAAGCGGCAGGCCCACGGCUUCACGACCAACCUAAUCCACCGCGACUCCUCCGAGUCCCCAUACUACGACCCCACCCUAUCCCCCGAACAGCGUCUUAUGUACGGCGACGGGUCAUACACAGAGGGGGACCUCUCGACUGACACGGUCACGCUGGCCUCGUCUGGCGGAACGGCUGUUUCGGUCCCCGGCGUUGUGGUUGGGUGCGGGCACCGGAAUGCGGGGAUCUUCAGCGGGGUCGAGUCGGGCAUCGUGGGUCUUGGGGGUGGGAAGGCGUCGCUCGUGGGCCAGCUGGGCCGGCUGGCGGGAGGGAGAUUCUCGUACUGCCUGGCAUCCGAAAAUUCGAGGUCGAGCAGCAGACUGAGCUUCGGGGCGGAUGCCGAGGUCAGGGGGCCCAGGGCCGUGCAGACCCCGUUGGUGCGCCAGGGGAUUGACACCUUCUACUACCUGACGAUGUUGGGGAUCAGUGUCGGGAGCCGGAGGCUGGCAUUCAACGAGGGCUCAUCGUCGUCCAAUGGCGGGAAUAUUAUCAUUGACUCGGGGACGACGGUGACGUUGCUCCCCGGGAGUCUGUACGAGGGGCUAAAGAAGACGUUGCAGGGGAUGGUUCGGCUGAGGCAGAUACCGGACCCCACUGGGACGCUUGACCUAUGCUUUGAGACACGCGGGAGCAAGGUGGGGCUUCCAGAGGUCACGGUGCACUUCAAGGGGGCCGACGUGAAGUGGGGGCAGGAGAAUUUGUUUGCGAGGACAGGCGACGUGUCGCUCUGUCUGGUGGCCUUGCCGGCACAGGGGUUUCCCAUUUAUGGUAACCGGGCGCAAACGAACUUCCUGGUGGGUUACAAUCUCCGGAAAGGGAUGCUAUCCUUCAAGCCUGUACGUUGUGGUGGCAAACCUUGA